GUGGAUAUUAUACAAACACGAAAAUCUAUCCGUUUCUAUCACCUCUACCGUGUCAUGUUAUGUGUGGGUGUUUCAAGUGCAAACUAAGUCUAUAAAACGUGCACAGCUACAGCAAACCGUAUCCGACUGAUUAUCGUCACACGUACGACACUGUCACUAUUCCCGUGGAGACUACUAACUAUGUCUUCUGUACUCCUAAUAUUUUGCUGCCUCCUUGGUCUGGGGUCAGCCUGGAACCAACCGAGCACCUGCUAUGUUAGGAGCCAAUCCAGUGGAACCGAGACACAGCUAACAAAGAUUAGUGAAUCACUCGAAUAUCUAUCAGAGCUGAAACACAUUCGUGAAACACUGGAAACUAUUGCCGACAGAUUGCUGGAUGCUGAAGGAAAUGCAAGUGCACCAGUGUCAACUACCAGCAUGCCAACAACAGCCACAUCAACCAUGGAAGCAACAACUGCCACUACCAGUGAACCAACAGCAACCACAUCAACCAUGGAAGCAACAACUGCCACUACCAGUGAACCAACAGCAACCACAUCAACCAUCGAAGCAACAACUGCCACUACCAGUGAACCAACAGCAGCCACAUCAACCAUGGAAGCAACAACUGCCACUACCAGUGAACCAACAGCAACCACAUCAACCAUCGAAGCAACAACUGCCACUACCAGUGAACCAACAGCAGCCACAUCAACCAUUGAAGCAACAACUGCCACUACCAGUGAACCAACAGCAACCACAUUAACCAUGGAAGCAACAACUGCCACUACCAGUGAACCAACAGCAGCCACAUCAACCAUGGAAGCAACAACUGCCACUACCAGUGAACCAACAGCAAUGACCACAGACCCACCAACUGCUUCUGACACUUGCGGUGGACCAGGAUGGACAAGAGUGGCCUACAUUAACAUGACUGACCCCAACCAACAAUGCCCUCAAGGACUUCAACUGACAGACUAUUCGAUAAGAUCAUGUGGUCGUCCACCAACGUCUAGUGUUGGUGUUUGCUCAUCUGUUACGUUUCCAGUGGGUUAUGUCGAAUACAGGCAGGUGUGUGGGAGAGCAGUAGGUUAUCGAUUUGGAGUAAACUACGCAUUCUUUGGAUACUAUUUUCAAGGUAGGAAUACUAUCGAUGUUCACUAUGUCGAUGGACUCAGUGUCACGCAUGGGCAAUCUCCACGCACACAUAUCUGGACGUUUGUCAGUGGUCUGUACAAUGGAACCAAUGGUGAUCAUAGCCCUCAAACGCGCUGUCCUUGUGAUGAGGGGAACGGUUCUCCUCCAUUCGUGGGAAAUGACUACUUUUGUGAUAGUGUGGCCACAGAUAAUACCGGUUUUCGUUUCUAUCCCGACAAUGCGCUGUGGGAUGGUCAGUUUAGCCUCAACACAUGUUACAAUUACAAUAAUCCUCCGUGGUUUACGAAAACUCUAUCAACUCCAACUACUGAUGACAUUGAGCUACGAAUGUGCUUCCUUAAUCACAACACAUUUUCUAACAUGGGACUUCAGCUCUUGGAACUAUACAUCAGUUGAAGUGAUUGCGAAUGAAUAUUUGCUGAGAACUUUUAGUUUAUUAAAAAACUCUCUUAGUUUAGCUGAGUGAGAACAUGAACACUACAAGUGAACACUACCUAGUCUCGUAUUGUAGCACUAGUUCGUUGCAUGUUUAAGCAAGAUCAAAGAAGUCAC